UGAGAAAUAUUUUAUUUUUAUUCACAUCUUAACAUUUUGCUGAGUAAUGGUUAGAUCGAAAGAUUAACUCGCAUCGACUAAUACGAUAAACGUGUUUUAUACAUGUGUCGCAAUACAUGUAUAUAUAGCACAAGAUAACCGGUAAAACGUGUGCGUAUCAAGUAGAGAGAAUGUGCUGACCACUGUCGAUCAGUCUCUCCACUACUGCGUAUAAUAUCAUCAAACUAGCAGAAUCAUCAUUACGUACUCAACAAGGUGAAUCUGAAGACCGAAAAAGAUGUCUGAAAUAAAUCCAGAAGUGCUCAAAGUAUUCGGCUUUUGGGGCAGCAUAUUGGUCCUGAAAGUGAUGGCGAUGGCGCCGUUAACUGCACGACAACGAUUCCGAAAGAGAGUAUUCGCAAAUCAAGAGGACGUUUCGUUUAACCCUAAAGCUAAGGUGACUUUCGAUGAUCCGGAUGUGGAACGUGUACGCAGGGCACACCUGAACGAUUUGGAGAAUGUUGUACCUUGGUUCAUCGUCACGUACCUCUGGCUAGGAACGGGACCUGCACCGUGGUUGGCCAAAACUCUAAUAAGAACCUUUGUAUUUUCCCGUGUCUUUCACACUAUAUCAUACGCAAUCUUGCCGCAACAGCCUACGCGUGUGAUAUCUUUCUUUGUGGGAUUUGCCAUCACAGGUUUUGAAGCACUUAAAACAUUAAUGUAUUACUGUUAACUUUUUUACAAAAAUCUUUAAAACAGAGAACCUGAACGCACAAUAUGAUACAAAUGUAAUAACAAGCUGCACAACGAUAACAUUCCUUUUGUAUUUGGGGAAAAAAGAAUUUUAUACUAGUUUAUACUAUUUUAUACUUUUUGAGCAAUAUUUUCUGUUUUGAAAGAAUAUAUAUUAUAUGAAAUAUAUAUGUAUGUAUAUGUAUGUAUGUAUAUAUAAACAUAUACUAUAUCUAUAUAAUAAAAAAAAUGUAAACUAAAAAUAUACGAUAUUUCUGUGUAUAAUGGAAUAAACAGAAACUUUUGUAAACAAAAUAAGUGAAUAUACUAAGAGACCAAAAUGAGUACAUCUAUAGAGGAAAGUUAUGUUUAAUAUUAAAUUAAAUUAAAAUUAUUUCUUUAAUUUGAAGUUAUUUUUUUUUAAAGUUUAUUUGAUUUUAAAAAAAUAUCAUUGUUAGUCUUUUUGAAAUAAAUAAAUUAAAUUAAAUUUGUUUAAAUUACUUGUUUAAUUUAAUUCAAUUUUUUAAUUCAAAAAAAGUAUUGACAGAAAUGUAAAAAAUAUAAUAUAGUUGUUUUGAUUUUUAAAAUAUAUUUUUUAAAUAUAUUUUUUUUACUUAAAAAAAGAUUUGCAUUGCCAAACCAUUUCUUUCAUUCUAAUAAAAGGAACGACUAAAAAAUUUCUUUAAAUCAAUGAAACUUUUCUUUAAUCGUACAGCAAUACACAAAUUUUUUUAAUUCAAACAAAUAUUUUUUGACUCGACGAAACUUUUCUUCGGAUGCAAUUGGAUGUUAAUUUAAUUAAAUAACCUAACCUAAAUAAAAUAUAUCUUUAGUUUUUAAACACACAAGUAGGUCUGAGAGGUCCCAUAUAAUAAAGUUUCGAACGGUUGCUGUGUGAAAACGUUGGGGUUUGUGAGACUAACAUUGUAUGUGAAACUUUUUUGUGAGUAAUCUUAUAUAAAAAAAAACCAGAC